CAAUCAUCGAACAAAUACCAAAAAUAGCGCCUCCUCGUUUAGCACCCUAAAGGACGAAAGUGCGAGAUUCUCCUGUUUAGCUUGCUAAUAUACCUAUUUCUUACUGUCUGUUUGUGUGGAAACGUACAGGAUUAUUUUUUGCUUGACGUGAGUACCAUAGAUGGUGUCAAAGAUGCGUAAAAACUUACGCGAUCCAAGCAGGGAACCGCCGAGAGAGGAAUUAUCGCUGCUCAUCUGACUGAGGCCAAACUCGCUGAUUUUGUUUUGUCAAAUAAGGAAACAAAACAAGAUAGCUAGCUAGGUAACUAGCUGGCGAGACAUUUCACCUCGAAAAUACACUAACCAGGGACCUCAAAACAUCUUAAGUGGUUUUACAUUUGGAAUCUGUUUCGGUAUGGGGGCCUUCUUGGACAAACCUAAGACAGAGAAGCACACAGCCCACGGCGAGGGCAACGGGCUACACUACGGCCUGAGCUCCAUGCAAGGCUGGCGGGUGGAGAUGGAGGAUGCCCACACCGCAAUGGUGGGCCUGCCCCACGGCCUCACUGACUGGUCCUUCUUUGCCGUGUACGAUGGGCACGCUGGCUCCCGGGUUGCCAAUUACUGCUCCGCCCACCUGUUGGAGCACAUACUAUCAGGGGGGGCGGAGUUCAGCCCGGGGUCCGGCUCAGUGGAGGGCGUGAAGGAUGGGAUCCGCGCCGGGUUUCUCAAGAUCGACGAGUACAUGCGCAGCUUUUCCGACCUGCGGCAAGGGCUUGACCGCAGCGGUUCCACAGCAGUGGGUGUGCUGCUAAGCCCCUCCCACCUCUACUUCAUAAACUGCGGCGACUCCCGCGCCGUGCUGAGUCGAGACGGAAGAGUUGGAUUCUCUACACAGGACCACAAGCCAUGUAACCCUAGAGAGAAGGAGCGCAUCCAGAAUGCAGGAGGAUCAGUAAUGAUCCAGAGGGUCAACGGUUCCCUGGCUGUUUCCAGAGCCCUUGGAGACUAUGACUACAAAUGUGUGGAUGGGAAGGGUCCCACAGAACAGCUGGUCAGCCCAGAACCAGAGGUUUGUGUGUUGGAACGUGCCAUGGGGGGGGAUGAGUUUGUGGUGCUGGCAUGCGAUGGGAUCUGGGAUGUGAUGUCCAACGAAGAGCUGUGUGAGUUUGUCAGGUCCCGACUACAGGUGUGUGACGACCUGGAGAGAGUAUGCAACGCCGUGGUGGACACCUGCCUGCACAAGGGCAGUAGAGAUAAUAUGAGUGUGGUGUUGGUGACUUUACCGGGAGCUCCCAAGGUGUCUGAGGAAGCCCUGAAGAAAGAGGAGGAACUGGACAAAUACCUGGAGACACGCGUAGAGGAUUUGCUGGGCGGCUGUGGAGAAGAGGGAGUUCCUGACCUGGUGUCUGUUCUGAGGAACAUCGCCUCAGAAAACAUCCCCAACCUACCGCCUGGAGGAGGCCUCGCCAGCAAACGCAGUGUGAUCGAGGCAGUCUACAGCAGGCUCAACCCACACAGAGAAGAGGAAGGGGCCUGUUCUGGGGAAGGUGGAGAGGAGGAGAGUGAGGAGGGAGGAGGAGGCAGCAGCACGGCGACCAAUCUCUUGGAGGCGCUGCGUCAGUUCCGCCUUCACCACCGGGGGCAGUAUCGCUCUGUCCUGGAGGAAGCCCUGGCCGUCUAUCGUCUGCCUGGGGAGCAGACCGCCGACACCGCGGACGACCUCCCCGACUCUCCUCCGCCCUCACCCCUCUCUCCCCCACCCUCUCCUGCCGUCAUCGAGACACCAGACACCCCAGAGGCAGAGAAAAGUAAAGACGCCUUGCCCCAAUCAGCACCUUCAAACAUUGAACAACCAGAACCUCCAGAGGCAGACGGCAACCAAUAGGGUCCUCCAGACGGCAACCAAUAGGGUCCUCCAGCGGUAGACCAACCAGAUCCCUCCUGAUAUACCCCUGAUCUGUGUUGUGACUUCUCCCUAUCCAGCUCAUCCCCUCACAGACGCCAUAUUAGGACAAAUACAAAGUUGGGUCAUUUAAGGGAUCACAUGUGGAUGUACACCUGACUGAGAGAGAAGACCUCUACUGGACUGUCCUUAUUAAACCGUUCCUAUAAACCUGUUGGCACAGGAACCACACAAUCCCAACACGCUCUGUCCAUUUGAAAUAGACACCAGUAUUAGCCGCCAAUUGAUGUGUGUUUGUGUGUGUGUGUGUGUGUGUGUGUGUGUGUGUUUUAAAGUGUGGCUCCAUUUUCAGUACUGUAAUGCCCUGUACUAGUUCAAAGUGUGUGUGUGUGUGUUAAUCUCGAUCUGUGUCCCAUCAUAUUUCUAAAGAAUGAGCUGUAUUUCUCUCUGAUUCAUGUGGCACUUACUGUAUGAGGGCACCAAGAUAAGUGUGUGUGUGUGUGUGUGUGUGUGUGUGUGUGUGUGUGUGUGUUCUGUCCCCUACAAUGAUAUGUGAACUAAUAAAAGUGAAUGAAUAUUAAUGCUCAGA